UUAAGCGGACGCCAAAAGGAACAUCCUCUGAAAAGGAAAGAACAGAGAAAAUAGAAGAAAAAAAUUGUUAAAAAAUAUUCAUCGUCGUCUUCUUCUCAACCUGCUUUGAUUCCAAGUUCAGUCCAAAAUAUGGGUGGGGUGACGUCAUCAAUGGCUGCCAAGUUCGCCUUCUUUCCUCCCAAUCCACCUUCAUACAAGCUAAUUAAGGACGAAGCAACUGGGAUUUUGCUCCUGGACCCUUUCCCUCACCGCGAAAACGUCGACGUUUUGCGUCUCCCAACUCGCCGUGGUAACGAAAUCGUUGCUGUUUACGUUAGGCACCCCAUGGCUAUGUCGACUUUGCUUUAUUCUCAUGGGAACGCAGCUGAUAUUGGCCAAAUGUAUGAGCUAUUCAUCGAGCUUAGCAUCCAUUUAAGAGUAAAUCUCAUGGGGUAUGACUAUUCUGGCUAUGGACAAUCAUCAGGAAAGCCAAGUGAGCAGCACACGUAUGCGGAUAUUGAAGCUGCAUACAAGUGUCUCGAAGAGAAUUAUGGUGCCAGGCAAGAAAAUAUUAUCCUAUAUGGUCAGUCUGUUGGAAGUGGUCCUACGGUGGAUCUCGCUGCUCGUUUACCUUGCCUAAGAGCUGUUGUUCUGCAUAGUCCUAUAUUAUCCGGGUUAAGAGUCAUGUAUCCGGUUAAGCGCUCUUACUGGUUUGACAUCUACAAGAAUAUUGAUAAAAUCUCAUCUGUAAAGUGUCCUGUGCUGAUAAUUCAUGGAACUAACGAUGGAGUUGUCGACUGCUCUCAUGGGAAGCAACUUUGGGAACUUUGCCAAGAGAAAUAUGAACCAUUAUGGGUGAAAGGAGGAAAUCACUGUGAUUUGGAACUCUACCCGGAUUAUAUUAGGCAUCUCAAGAAGUUCAUCUCAACUGUUGAGAAGUCACCUUCUCGAAGAAAUGCUUCUCGGAAAAGCACAGAUGGUAUCGAACAGUCUAGGCAAAGUACAGAAUACUUCGACGCUCCGAGAAGAAGCAUUGACCGUAGGGACAAACCAAGGAAAAGCACUGAUACCCGGGACAAACCUAGGAAAAGCACUGAUACCCGGGACAAGCCAAGGAAAAGCAUUGAUAGGCCCGGAAAGUUGAAAGUUCAUGAGUACAACAAAUUUAACAACAUCGACAAGCUUGAAAAGCUUAAAAUAUCGUUAGACCAGAUGGAUAGGAUGGAGAGGUCACGCAGAAGCGUGGAAUACUUCGAUAAAUCCCGGAAAAGCAUCGACCUCCAGGUAGAGAAAGGAAGGAAGAGUGUUGACUGGAUAGAUAGAAUCCCAGCUGUUUAGAAAGCUAAAACGGGGCAUAAAUGGGUGGAAUUGGUUUUGGACUAAUAACUUAAUUGUUUCCGAGAGCUGCACGACGUGUCGAUGACGGUGUUUACGGGUUGGAGGCGUCGCAACGGCCGGAUGAAAUAUGGUUACGAAAAGUAGGGUUUGGUAUAUGUUUUUAGAUUUGUUUUUCUUUGAUUUUGAAUGAUUGAAGGAUCUAACUUGCAUGUUCAUGUUGGGGAAAACUGAAAAAGCUUUGUAAUUAACAACUAUUGUUUCACUAUAAUAUUAAGAUUUUUUU